GUCUUAUUUGUUGUCAAACACUGGUCGAAAGAAGGAAGCUGGAAAUUGACAGGUUACUUUAGAGCCCUGUGCUGAGAUGAGUGUCCCGGACUACAUGCAGUGUGCUGAGGACCACCAGACCGUCCUUGUUGUGGUCCAGCCGGUGGGCAUCGUACCUGAAGACCAGUUUUUCAAGAUCUACAAACGCAUUGCCAGUGUCAGCCAGGUGAACAUCCGAGACUCCAAUCGUCUCCUCUACAUCCGCUACCGCCACCACUACCUACCUGAAAACAAUGAGUGGGGCGACUUCCAGACCCAUCGUAAGGUGGUGGGGCUCAUUGCCAUCACCACGUGCAAUUCAGCUAAAGAGUGGCCCCAAACAGCAGAGCGCUUCCACGGGCAGAAAGAGGUGUACAGCUCCACGCUAUAUGAUUCUCGCCUGCUCGCAUUUGGGCUCCAGGGGGAGAUCGCGGAGCAGCAGCGCACAGAUGUGGCCUUUUACCCAAGUUUCGACAACUGCUCAGAUGUGGAGAAAAGGGUGGAGGACUUUGUGGAGUCUAUAUUCAUAGUUUUAGAGUCCAAACGGUUGGACAGGGCCACAGACAAAUCUGGAGACAAGAUUCCUCUUCUCUGUGUGCCCUUUGAGAAGAAAGACUUUGUGGGAUUGGACACUGACAGCAGGCACUACAAGAAGCGGUGCCAGGGCCGGAUGAGGAAGCACGUGGGGGACUUGUGCCUGCAGGCGGGCAUGCUGCAGGAUGCCCUGGUCCACUAUCACAUGGCCGUGGAGCUCCUCAGGGGAGUAAAUGACUUCCUCUGGCUUGGCGCUGCGUUGGAGGGAUUGUGUUCAGCUUCUGUCAUUUUCCACUACCCUGGAGGCACCGCGGGGAAGGCAGCAGGACGCAAGCCAAGCAUAUCCCAGGCAGCUGACACAGGGAAGCGCCACCGCCCAGGGGCUCAAGAGGUUCUCAUUGACCCAGGUGCCCUCACAGCCAAUGGCAUCAGCGCAGACACCAGCACUGAGAUUGGACGAACAAAGAACUGCCUGAGCCCUGAGGACAUUAUUGAGAAGUACAAAGAAGCCAUCUCUUACUAUGGCAAGUACAAGAACGCAGGUGUGAUCGAACUGGAGGCCUGUGUGAAAGCUGUGCGAGUGCUGGCCAUUCAGAAGAGAGCCAGAGAGGCCUCAGAGUUCCUGCAGAAUGCCGUCUACAUCAACCUGGGACAGCUGUCCGAGGAGGAGAAAAUCCAGCGCUACAGCAUCUUGUCAGAGCUCUAUGAGCUGAUUGGCUUCCAUCGUAAAUCUGCCUUUUUCAAACGUGUAGCAGCCAUGCAGUGUGUGGCUCCUACCAUCCCAGAGCCAGGCUGGAAGGCCUGCUACAAGCUGCUGCUGGAGACUCUCCCUGGGUACAGUCUCUCUCUGGACCCCAAGGACUUCAAAGGUACUCAUCGUGGAUGGGCUGCUGUACAGAUGCGUCUUCUGCAUGAGUUGGUGUAUGCCUCUCGUCGCAUGGGCAACCCGGCCCUGUCUGUACGCCACCUGUCCUUCCUGCUGCAGACCAUGCUCGACUUCCUCUCCGAUCAAGAGAAGAAAGAAGUGACCCAGAGCCUUGAGAACUACACAUCCAAGUGCCCUGGUGGGAUGGAGGUCAUCACUCUCCCUGAUGGCCUGAAGCUUCCUCCAGUGCCCUUCACAAAGCUCCCUAUCGUCAGAUCUGUUAAGCUUCUGAACCUCCCGGUCAGUCUGCGUCCUCACAAAGUGAAAGGGCUGCUGGGUCAGAACAUGUCCAGUGCCAGCCCCUUCAUCUACUCCCCCAUUCUCCUCCACAACAGAAAUGACGAGCGCUGCAAGAAAAUAGAUUUCCAGUGGGUUCAAGGUGAUGUUUGUGAGGUGCAGCUUAUGGUCUACAACCCGAUGCCUUAUGAACUGCGUGUAGAAAACAUGGGUUUGCUGACCUCUGGAGUGGAGUUCGAGUCCCUUCCGGCUGCCCUGUCCCUGCCUGCAGAGUCUGGCUUGUACCCAGUCACUUUGGUUGGUGUCCCUCGUACUGCUGGCAACAUCACUGUCAAUGGUUAUCACACAUCAGUGUUUGGUGUAACUAGUGACUGCCUGCUGGAGGGUCUGCCCAAUGUCAAGAGCAGUGGAUGUUUGGUGGAGGUCAUUCCAUCUCUUCCUCGUCUGCAGCUCAGUACAUCACUCCCACGGUCGACUCCCACUGCUCAGCCCAUGUCCAAAGAGGAGCUGUCCAGUUCUGUGUCCGUACAGCUUUUCAAUGGAGAGACCCAGCAGCUGACCAUCACACUAGAGAAUAUUGGAACUGACGAAAUUGAAAGCCUGGAACUAACAUCUAAAACAGUCACCACCAAAGAAAAAGUAUAUGGGGAGUUCCUGAGCUGGGAGAUGGAGGAUGCGCUCUCUCACCUGCCUCUGAAGCCGGGACAAUCGGUGACACUUGCUGUCAGCAUCAAGGUCAAGCUGGACUUCUCGGGCCAGGAGAACCUACUGCAGGACCUCAAUGAUGAUGGAAUCAGCGUGACAGGCCUGCCAAUCUCCAGCCCCCUUCGCCAAGUGCUCAAACCUCGUCCCGAAAACAAAUCAGUCAGCAGUGAGUCGGGCAAAGCGGAGUACAACCACAUAAAGACAUUGGAAGCCGUGUUAACCUUCAAGUAUUCCGGAGGAGCAGGCAAAGUGGAGGGAUAUUACCGUGAGCUUUCCCUGGGAGUCCAUGUUGACGUGGAGCCUUCUGUAUUCUUCACGCGAGUCAGUACGCUCCCAGCAACCAGCACCCGCCAGUGUCACCUGCUGCUGGACAUCUUUAACCCCACAGAGCACGAGCUCACUGUGAGCGCCAACAACAACCAGGAACUGGUACUGCAUGCCAGCCAGUGUCAGAGGAUGGCCAUCCAGGUCGACAAGUUUGACUUUGAGAGUGUUUCCCAGCCAGAGCAGGAGCCAGCACACUUCACUAACCUCAGGCACAUGGAGGAGGAGCGCCAGCAUGCCCGCGGGUGCCAGAUCAACAGCAAGCUGGGCAUCUGCUGGACCAUCCCUUCUCUGCAGCGGCGAGGAGAGGCCAGUGUGGAGGGGGUCCUCAACCAGCUGGUCCUGGAGCACCUGCAGCUGGCGCCUCUUCAGUGGGAUGUGCUGGUGAAUGGCGCCCCCUGUGACUGUGACGUGGUAGCGCAGUGUAAAGUGGGAGAUGCUGUGAGUCUGGAGGUGAAACUGACCAACAGGAGUAAGAGCGCCGUGGGGCCCCUGGCUCUCACCGUCAUGCCCUACCAGGACUUUCAGAACGGGGUCCAGAACUACGAUCUGGAGGAUGCCGUUACCUUCAUAGGCUCCAACACGUUCAACAUAGGCUCGGUUCAACCCAAGGAGAGCCAGGAGUGUGUUGGUGCUUUGCUCUUCCUCUACACAGGAGACUUCUACCUCAACAUUAAGUUCCAGGACGACAGCGCUGGGAGACAGCUGCCUCUCGCCUGGUUCACUCUGCCCAGCGUGCACAUCCGGGCGCUGGACGCUCCGCUACAAGCCGGAGCCUAGGAGCACGGAGCUACAGUGUCUACAAACAUACAGCCAUACACUAACAUUGAAACACUUGACAAAUUUGAUCAAAAUACACAGAUAAAAGAUUUCAUAUUACUGCUUAAAAAUGUGGAUAUUUGCUCUAAAAAUAAUGGGGCAUUGGGCAAAACAUGACAGAUUUUACGCAAUACUUAUGAUAAAAAUACAUGCUCCUCAUU